AGACGUGGGGCAAGGACCCCUGGGAGCUGGGCCGAGAUGGCAUAUAGACUGAGAAAGAGACGGGAGACCAGGAAGGGAAAAAAAAAAAAAGUCUCACCAUGGUUCCCAAAACCACCCAUGCCCUUUGUGCGGCGUGUACGUGGCCUGGCCUCGGGUACCUAGAACUCGGUAGAACAGACGAGAGAUGGAGAGAUCAGAUAGGUCACCUUUCAUGAUCCCCAAAUGUUGUCCGGUGGCCGGGGUGCUUGCUCACCUUGUCACCUCCCCACACCACAGGAAACCUCGAGCCGUAUUUAGCUGGCUGCAUUCCCCAAUGUGGUUGAGACUCAUGAGUCCGUGAUGUGUCGUGCUUAAACACUCAAGGCCUCUGUUCAGCCUCCUUCAGACGUUUUUUCUUCGUCUUCUCUUCUCUUCUUACAGCCCCCUCGAGGCACUCAUUCUCUUCUCUCAUUCUCUCUCGUCAGCCACCCAGGAGGCAGGCAACAGCCGUUUCAAUCCUUUUCCGGCUGAAGUUAUCGUCAUCACCAGAGGUUUCACUCCUUCUUACAACCGUCUGACUCUUUUUUUUGGUCCCAUUCACCUUGCCUCAUCUGGUCACCUUUCUUGCCAAGCGCAACGACACAAGUCCACCGGUCUCACUCCACCGCGUCAGUCAGAUCUUUUGAGCAAAAUCAGGGUCCAGAGCAAGCAAACCAACCACGCUGUGCGUCAUUGUCCAUCUCACCAUCACCGAGUCGACACGAGUCUCUUGGGAGGUUUUUUUUCCUUGCCCACCCUUUGAAGCUGAGGCCGCCGAGAUCCUCUCUCCUCAACACCCCACUACCAAGAGCUCCCAGCCGCACCGUGUGUGUCUGUCUGCCCUUGGGUUUCCACUCCUUCGGACUAUUGGAAAGGAAAAACGGUUCAGAUUCCUCAGAGGCCUUGGACCACCCCUCUUUUCUCCCUUUCUUGAGGUCUUGCCCAGACUUGGACGACGCGACAAACCACACACACACGAGAAACUUCUCUCCUACCAACCACCUACAGUGACCGGCUCACUCCAGAACAUACGACGACAUUCAUUUUCUUCCUACUUCACUUCAUUCAUCUUUUAGAUGACCCUUUGACUCUCCCUGAUCCUUUUUUUGAUUCAUAUUCUUCAGACAUCUUAUCCUCCUUUUGUGGCUCUCAUCGACCCUCAUCCCAGCACUCGACUACCUACCUCAUCCAGCCCGGCAGAGCCAAACCGAAAGGAUACAAGUCAAUCAGAACCCCGAAGAGGAACAUUUCUCAAAAAGGUCUCAAACCCCUCCUUUCUCCCCUUUUCAUCAGACAAGAAGGAUCUCGAUCUCGAGAGAAUAUCCUCAGCCAUGCCUUCUCAGCGCAUCAAGACGGCACUGGUGGGCGCCGCCGCCCUCCUCCUCUGCUGCCACACCGGGCUGGCCCAGGCGCAGCAGCAGAAGUACGUCCUCCACGACAACUACGACAGCUCAAACUUCUUCAACGAGUUUAGCUUUUUCGACCAGCCAGACCCGACCAAGGGCUCGCAGAUCUACACGAGCGCCGUGACGGCCAACAACAGCGGCCUCGCGGGCUACGCCCGGGGCGGCAUCUACCUCGGCGUCGACUCCAAGACCAAGGGCCAGGGACGCCAGUCGGUGAGAGUCACGUCGAACAAGGCCUUUGAUACGGGCUUGUUCGUCGCUGAUAUCCAGCACAUGCCCACUAGCAGUUGCGGUGUCUGGCCCGCCUUUUGGAUGUUUGGUCCCAACUGGCCCAACUCGGGUGAGAUUGACAUCAUCGAGGGAGUCAACACGCAAGAGUCCAACGCCGUGACCCUCCACACGGGACCCGGUUGCAGCAUCACCAACGACGGCACAAUCUCUUCCACAACCCUCAAGGAAAAGGACUGCAACGCCGGCAGCGCCUCCACGGGCUGCGGCCAGUCGACAUCGAGCAACCAAAAUUACGGCGACGGCUUCAACGCGAUCGGCGGCGGCGUCUACGCCGUCGACUUCAACUCCCAGGCCAUUUCGGUCUGGUUCUUCCCGCGCAGCGCCAUCCCCGGCGACGUCAGCUCCGGCAACCCGGUCCCUUCCUCCUGGGGCCAGCCCCUGGCCAAGUUCAACGGCGGCUCCGGGUGCGACAUCCCCUCGCACUUCAAGCAGCAGAACCUCGUCUUCAACACGGCCCUGUGCGGCGACUGGGCCGGUAAGGUGUGGGAGCAGAACGCCGAGUGCACGGCGCUCGCGCCCCAGUGCUCCGACUACGUCGCGGCCAACCCGCAGGCCUUCACCGAGGCGUUUUGGCUCAUCAACUCGGUCAAGGUCUACCAGGCUGACGGCGGCGCGUCGGCUGCCGCUGCUUCGGUCGCUCCCAGCGCGGCUGCUGCUGGCAUUCCGACGGCGCUGCCUUCUGCACCGAUCCCUGGCGUCUCGGCCAUUCCUGGAGCAACUGGGUACUAAACUGGGCUGCUUUUUCGAGAGUAACGAGAGAUGAGAUGCAGAACGGGGGUGGUAGGACUCAUUUGACUCAUUUGGAGUGAACGUUAUACAGGUCUAGACUCAAGUGGUGGUCGCAAGUACAAAGGCGUUUGGAGGCUGGUUUCUGUCAUGGUCCUCUUUUUUGACGACAUUUACGACUCGCUGUUUUCACUUCUUCAUCAUCUACUGGAUAGAUGACCCCUUUGGAAACCUUUUUUCUUUUCUUUUUCGAGGCAUGAAGGGAAGACAUGGCGUUAUAGGGAGGAGAUGGCUCCUUGGUACACGUAUAUACCUAGCUUUCAAUUUCACACGUGGGUAUCAUCAGUAGAUACCCCCGAAUCAGACUUGUUGAACUGUU